CUUCGGAAUUCUGAAUUCAACAUUGAACUUAUGAACCGUGAAUCCGUGAUCAUAGGCUUUAGUUGAAGCUCCCAUCUUCGACUCUGCCUGUGACCGGUUCCCUUCUUCAAUUCACUCAAUACUGAAUCUGGCAACUUAGAGUGUAGACCAUGCACAGUAGAACUACUGCCAAAGCUCCAAAGAAGCAUGGAAACGACUCAAAAUCAAACUUUGCUUCUCUAGAAAAUAACUGCUAUGAAGGAGGACGUCUCAUCAAUCUGCUCCAAUCAAUCCGUAGGGAGAUCGAAUCGGCAAGACAUUCAGAUGGAAGUUCCUUGCCAGAAAAGAUAUGGUUAAAGCAACAAUUUUCUAUUGGGGUCAAUGAUGUAACUCGUGUCCUUGAGCGCAUGGAACCGUGCUCUGAGUUGGGAAGGUCUGCUCAACGCCUCCCUUUAAUCAGAAGCAAUCAUAGAACAUCUAUAGUUAAACUUCAGGCUGUGCUUGUAGCUUCAGACUGUAACCCACGAUUGCUGACAAAGCAUCUGCCAAGUUUGGCUUCAUCAAGAGGGGUACCCCUUAUAUUUGUUAGAGAUAAUAAAGAAGGUUCUUUGAGAUUAGGCGAACUUGUUAAAUUGAAAACUGCCGUUGCUAUUGGGAUUAAGGUCAAAGGAAACACCAUUAAUAAAAUUGUGGAGGAUAUUAUUCUAGGCGAUGAAUUUAAACCUGGACUUGAUGGGCCUAAUUCAGCUCGAAUAUCUGACGUGCAAAAUUAUUGUCAUGACACUGACAGAUAAAGUAACAUACUGGAUGUAAUUUAAUCUUGGCAUCGCAUUUUACUGGCGCUGUUCUCAUUCCUUCUAUUUAUUUAUUUAUUUAUUUA